AGAAUUAGGGAGAAGAAACUUCAGGAACAAGAAUUAUCCUCUAUAUUGGUUAAAGAAUUAUGUAGUGAAAAAGUGAGACCGAAAGUCCCACUUGAGCGAAACAGCAAAUCGGUGCCGAUACAGCCUGAAGAAACAAAAGUUUCGCAUGAUUAUAUAGUCGCCCAAGAUUUUAUUCAAGAAGUGUCUUCAGGGUUCACAGAUGAGGAAACUAUUGAAGUCAUUGAUAUACUUACUACCAAUAUGACAAUAGAAGUUGAGCUAGCUCAUUUGUUUCUAAAAGAUAUAAUAAAACACCUUUCUGGAUUAACUUUGGAAACCUUAUGUAAAAGAACCCAAAGAUCUAUAAAACUUUACAAAUUAAUCGAAAAGAUAGGAGUUGAUAAGAUUAAGAAUAUCAAGACAUUCAGUGCGGAUUCUAUUUCAAAGUUUACACAACCUCAAAUUCAAAUAAUUCUGUGA